CAUGUCCUACCUGCAAGCUACCUGUAUUUCAUUCUCAGAAUUGAAGGCUUCACAUUGUACCAUCACAACACAUCUCCAACACGUGUUAUCCUUAUUGUGUACAUAGGCCUGCGUUUUCAGGGACGUGCAGAACAUUUCUCGAGGACCAUGGACCCGUACUGUGUUUGGUUGAUCAUCUUUGGACUGACUCUGACGUCAACUCUCAGGAUUCUGGAAUGGCCACCCAUGAACUGCACACAACUGGAUCUUCAAUGCAGCGUUCAAAUUAAUAACUGUUCAGACGACGGGUGGAUUAAACCCAGACACCAGGCGCCUAACGGUCCUCUGUGGCACUCAGGUUCACAGCAGCAUGUGUUUGUGAGGAGAGGGGAGAGUGGUGAUCUGCUACCCGUGAUGUCUCUGAGCUGGAGCCUUCAGAUCAAUGGAGGUGUAAUCAAUGGGACCAGUGGGACCGAGGUGCACGUCACUGAAGAGGACAGUAAUCAAAGCAUAUGUGUCCGAUACAUCUUCCAUAACAAAAUACAAAACAUGAUGAUUAACUGGAAGCCGUGGACAUUUUCCUUGGACAGAAUUGUGGUGGACCCCGAAAACAAGUAUUCUGUUUCGAUCUACAACUUACCAAAACCAGACCUGGGGAAUUACAGACUUGACAAAAUCUUUACAAUCCCAGGAUGCAAGGAUCCAAGCAUAAAAGCAGCCAAGGUGUGUUUGGAAAACGGCAGUGGUUGGGAUCCCCAGUUGUCCUGGAGUGUGUCAGUGGAUGGAGGAGAGAGACUGAUCAUCACAGUGGGUUUUAAUACAGCUGAGUUCUCUGACGAAUACCAGAUAUCCAUCCAGAACACUCAACACUCACAGCAUGUCAUGAGGAAGAAUAGAACAUCAUUGAAUGUGACUUUUGAAUUGAAUGUAUGGCAGCUGCCUCCAUGUGAAAUGCUAAUUGUGAUUCAGCCAUUUUUUAUACGGUGCAAGAGCAACUGUUUACAUCACCAGACAAAGUGUAACUACUGCUCCUACUAUCAAAGGCCUGCCACUUACAGCCGAUCAUUGAUAAUAAAAGCAUUACUGGGGCUAAUCAUGGCUGGUGGUUUCCUGACUUAUUUGCUGCAAAAAACAUCCCAUACAGAUCCAGGAAGCCAGCUCCUGACCACGCCCAGAGGUGAACCGGAGGGAGUCCAAAUACAAGAGAGAAAAAGAAAAGUACUCAUCAUCUACUCUCUGGACCAUCCUCUGUAUAUAGAGAUCGUCCUGAAGCUCUGUGCUUUCCUCAUGGCUAAGUGUGGCAUCGAGGUGGUGCUGGACCUGCUGGACUCUGCCCGGCUGGGCAUUGUGGGUAGUGUCCAGUGGCUGGACUGGCAGAGGGAACAGAUUGUUAAAUCCUCAGACAAGAUCCUAAUCCUGUGUUCACGAGGGGUAAGGGCCAAAUGGAGAGCAAUGUGUGAUGGUGCCGAAACCCGGGUGAUCCUGAGAGAGGAUGUACGUUCCCCCAUGGGGGACAUGCUCACCCCUGCGCUCAGCCUCCUGGUGCCCAGCUUUGUGAGAUCUGGAACGUUCCAGAACUACAUGGUGGCUUACUUUGAGGACGUUUGUUCUGAGGAGGAUGUUCCGUCUCCGUUUAACAUCAUAGUGAGGUACAAACUCAUGAAGCAUUUUGAGGAGCUCUUCUUCAGGCUCCUGGAUAAAGAGAAACAUGAGCCAGGGCGAGUGAAUCGCAUUGAAGGCAUCACCGAGGACGAGUAUUUUCAAUGUCCCUCAGGGAAAGCAUUGCGGGAAGCAGUGGAGGCUUUCCAUGCCUAUCAGCUGGAGCAUCCAAACUGGUUUGAGGAUGAACUCGUAAAGGACACAGAUGAGGACGUGGAAGUGGAGGAACCUUCCCUGGAGCAUCAUGCUAUUGAACAACCAACUGAGAGCCCCCUCACCAUCAGACAGAGUGUGCCAAAGUGCAUAGAAGAUGGACCUUCCUCUCCCAUCAAUGAUGUGACACCGUCAGAGAGGGAUCACACGGUGUACUCUACAACCCUUCACAUGACAGAGGGAGUCAAAGGUCCCACUUCGAAUGAAUCCAAACCAUUUCCUCUCUCGGCGCCCACACAUAUAUAUGUUUCCCAUCCAGCUGAGCAAGAUGGGUCCUGUAACUCUGUCUUGGUAGGUUGGUAUCCCGCUGUCAGCACACUUAAAGAAGGAACAGCAGUGUAAUUUCAUUGAUGCCGUUAGGGAGUGAUCCAUCCCCAAGCCCACGCAGUGCACCACAUCAUCAUCUUGAAGACAUCUUGGGUUCAACUAAUGUCUGUAUGGGGUCAACAGGGACAUACCAAAGAGAGGUCUAUGAGAGGGUGUCAGUGUCACAUACUGCAACUCAUCUAACGUUACAGGCCCCACCACAAGCAUAUGUGGACCCUGUUGCACGGUGUCUUCCUUUGACCUUUGAGACUGAGAGUGAAGAUCGCGCACGUGUAACAGUCGAGGGGGAAGCUCAUAAUGCUCUCAGUUGUGGAGUGAGGGGAACAUGGAAUGUGUCCAGGACACAACGAAGUAACUACUCUCAAACCCACCUGCAACUCAAUACAGUUUAAAGGCAUUUAACAUUUUGGUCCAAUGCUCUUAACCAGAGCAACAUAGUCAGUGCAUUCAACUAAGGUAGGUAAGACAACCACAUAUCACAGUCAUUGCAUUUUUAAAACUUAAAUGAAGCAGCUAUCACCAAAAUCAGUGCUAGCUAAAAAAGACAAGUGUUUGUGCAAGAAAAUCAAGUACAGCAAUAAGGUUUUCAUAGAGACUCACUGUGUUUAGUUCACUGUACUGUUAUCCUGCUGUGUUCAGUAAGUAAGCAUUUCAUUGUACUGUGUACACUACACUGUAUAUUAUGCAUAUGACAAAUAGAUUUGAUCAGGUAACUCGGUAGAAGGGACAGUUUUAUAUUUACUGGGGUGAGGGAGUGGUCCAAAAUAGGGGAGGGUUGUCAAACUUUAUUUUUGCUUUGGGGAUGGUUGUGUAGUUUUUUAUUUGGCACAGAGGAGGAGGGUAGUGUGUUUUUUCGCUGGUUUACAUUACCCACCUUUAUUGUGCAAUCCCAGUCACUUUUAAAAAUAUUUUUACUGUGUACAUAUAUAUUUAUGUAUUUUUUUUUUUACUGACAAAUAAAAUCAAUCAAUCCAAACUGUG